AUGGGUGGCCUCCCAAGCCCUGAAGAUGUCCGCCAACUUCUGGGCCCGCCUAAGCAGACCGCCCUCCCGUUCAACAACGUCAACCAAGCGGUGAACCCGGCGGCGCAAUCAGUCCCGGAGUCGGAGAAGGAACGGGCCCUCCAGAAGAACUGGCCCAUGUUCCCUCGUGGGCCACUGAGGGACUACCUGGAUGGGUUUGUGCGGGUGCAUAAUUGA